CCGGUGCGGCGGCGGCGGCGGCGGGGCCGGCGGCGCGGCACGAUGGCGGACCUGGAGGCGGUGCUGGCGGACGUGAGUUACCUGAUGGCCAUGGAGAAGAGCCGCGCCGCGCCCGCCGCCCGCGCCAGCAAGAGGAUCGUCCUGCCCGAGCCCAGCAUCCGCAGCGUCAUGCAGAAGUACCUGGAGGACCGGGGAGAGGUGACAUUUGACAAGAUCUUCACACAGAAGAUUGGCUACCUGCUCUUCCGGGAUUUUGCCUUCAACCAGGCCGAGGAGGCCAAGCCCCUGAUGGAAUUUUAUGAGGAGAUCAAGAAGUACGAGAAGCUGGACUCGGAGGAGGAGCGAGCUGCCCGGAGCCGCCACAUCUUCGACCAUUACAUCAUGAAGGAGCUGCUGGCCUGCUCCCACCCCUUCUCCAAGAGCGCCACGGAGCACGUCCAGAGCCGCCUGAGCAAGAAGCAGGUGCCCCCAGACCUCUUCCAGCCCUACAUUGAGGAGAUCUGCCAGAACCUGCGUGGGGGCAUCUUCCAGAAAUUCAUUGAGAGUGACAAGUUCACACGGUUCUGCCAGUGGAAGAACGUGGAGCUGAACAUCCAUCUCACCAUGAACGACUUCAGUGUUCACCGAAUCAUCGGCCGCGGCGGCUUCGGGGAGGUCUAUGGCUGCCGGAAAGCGGACACGGGCAAAAUGUACGCCAUGAAGUGCUUGGACAAGAAACGCAUCAAGAUGAAGCAGGGCGAGACGCUGGCCCUCAACGAGCGCAUCAUGUUGUCCCUCGUCAGCACCGGGGACUGCCCAUUCAUCGUGUGCAUGUCCUACGCCUUCCACACGCCCGACAAGCUCAGCUUCAUCCUCGACCUCAUGAAUGGGGGGGACCUGCACUAUCACCUGUCCCAGCACGGCGUCUUCUCGGAGGCGGAGAUGAGGUUCUACGCGGCCGAGAUCAUCCUGGGCCUGGAGCACAUGCACAGCCGCUUCGUGGUGUACCGCGACCUCAAGCCGGCAAACAUCCUCCUGGACGAGUUCGGCCACGUCCGCAUCUCCGACCUGGGCCUGGCCUGCGACUUCUCCAAGAAGAAGCCCCACGCCAGCGUGGGCACCCACGGGUACAUGGCACCGGAGGUGCUGCAGAAGGGGGUGGCCUACGACAGCAGCGCCGACUGGUUCUCGCUGGGCUGCAUGCUCUUCAAGCUGCUCCGGGGGCACAGCCCGUUCCGGCAGCACAAGACGAAGGACAAGCACGAGAUCGACCGGAUGACCCUCACCAUGGCCGUGGAGCUGCCGGACUCCUUCUCCCCGGAGCUGCGCUCCCUGCUCGAGGGGCUGCUGCAGCGGGACGUCAACCGGCGCCUGGGCUGCAUGGGGCGAGGAGCGCAGGAGGUGAAGGAAGAGCCCUUCUUCAAGGGCCUGGACUGGCAGAUGGUGUUCCUGCAGAAGUACCCGCCACCCCUCGUCCCGCCCCGCGGCGAGGUGAACGCGGCCGACGCCUUCGACAUCGGCUCCUUCGACGAGGAGGACACCAAGGGCAUCAAGCUGCUGGAGAGCGACCAGGAGCUGUACCGCAACUUCCCGCUCACCAUCUCGGAGCGCUGGCAGCAGGAGGUCACCGAGACCGUCUUCGACACCGUCAAUGCCGACACCGACAAGCUGGAGGCUCGCAAGAAGGCCAAGAACAAGCAGCUGGGGCACGAGGAGGAGUACGCCAUGGGCAAGGACUGCAUCAUGCACGGCUACAUGGCCAAGCUGGGCAACCCCUUCCUGACGCAGUGGCAGCGCCGCUACUUCUACCUCUUCCCCAACCGCCUGGAGUGGCGUGGGGAGGGCGAGUCGCCGCAGUCCCUGCUCACCAUGGAGGAGAUCGACUCGGUGGAGGAGACGCAGGUGAAGGAGCGCAAGUGCAUCCUGCUCCGCAUCCGCGGGGGCAAGCAGUUCGUGCUGCAGUGCGACAGCGACCCCGAGCUGGUGCAGUGGCGGAAGGAGCUGCGGGACGCACAGCGCCAGGCGCAGCAGCUGCUGCAGCGGGUGCCCCGCAUGCAGAACAAGCCCCGCUCGCCCGUGGUGGAGCUCAGCAAAGUGCCGUUCAUCCAGCGCUCCCCCAACGGGCUCUGACCCCUCCCCGAGCCCCCUUCCCCCUUCCCACCCCGCCUCUAAUUUAUUGGGUUGGGUUCCCGCGUGUCCCCCCCGCUCUCCGUGUGCCCA